AUGAUGAACAUUUCUGAUGUUUUUUUUCCCCACUACACAGAUAUUGUCGAAUUGAAAUGCCAGCCUGCAGUAGGAAACAUCGGUGAGACCAUGAAUAUCAAGUGCAGCAUCAAAAUCAAUUCAAAUGCUCGGAGUCAGGAUUAUGUCAUUUAUAUAGUGACGUUAACUAAGAUGGACCAAGAAGAACCAUGUUUUAUAUAUAACGAAGGCAGUGUUACAGGAGACACCCGAUUUACACUUCCAAAUUCACAUGCUCCGUCUUUAUCGCUUCAUAACACUGCAAUCUCUGAUGAAGGAGAAUACACCUACUGGAUUGAUACCAGUCGAGGAGAGAGUACAGGAAAAAUCACACUCAAUGUAACAGCAUCAUACAGCAACGCAGCCGUGAACUCGUGGCCGGAGGUAAUUGUACGGGACCAUCAUGUUGAUCUGUACUGCAAAGCCAGUGGUGGUUACCCAGCAGCUACCAUUCAGUGGUUUGAUGCAGGCAACACCAACUGGACCAGGAAUUCUGUCCUACACAUCACCAAGGGAAACGAUGGCCUCUUCAGUCUGUCCAGCAAACUGAGCUUCCGGUCAUUUGACCCAAUGUGGGGAGAGUUCACGUGUGUCAUUUACAGCAGAAAUGGACCAGAAUUGAACAAGACACUUAACUUUGGAAUGGAAGAUGCCCUUACAAAUGACAGUCCUAAAGAUGAUGAUUACAGAAAUUUGAAGAAGAUACUUGCUCCACUGGUCGUCAUUGGUUCUCUCAUCACUGGACUUCUAAUAGUGCUCAUAUAUACAGCGAGAAGACGCCAGCAGCGGGCUCGAAGACCAUCUACUCUACCCAUUCUGCGAGAUGUCUUUGUUGCCAAUGAUACUGAUGUGGAAGAAGGAGAUAAAUCUAUGGCUCUGCUGUAGUAAAAGUGCAAAUUUGUUUGAAGUUUUCAUGACUAAACAACACUGAUUCUGAAACAGUGAUCAUGAUCUUUUAAUCAAAAAGUGAUGUGGUGAAUGAAUGUGGAAAGUCCCAGACUGUCAUCAUGGUUACUUUCACUUUAUAAUGACUAUGAGAACAUGGUGUGAAAACCGUGGGGGGGGGGGACACAAUACCUGUACAUGCUGUAAAAAUGUUGGUUUAAAUACACUGUAAGUAAUUGUUAGGAUUGUUUAUGUUCCCCCUCAGUGCUACUCUACAUGGCCAAAAUUAUGUGGACACCCCUCCCCCCAAUGAUUACAUUUCUUUUUCUGCCACAUCCAUUGCUAACACAUGUUUAAAAAUGUAAAAUGUGAAUUAUAUGGUUUUAAUAUUGUGGUAACAGUUAGGAGAAUUGUGUGCAAAGGAGCUCCAGUUUCCUACACAGAGCCCUGGUCUCAACCCAGUUGAACACUUUUGGGAUGAAUUAAACUUGAGCCAGGCCUUCUCUUCCAACAUCAGUGCCUGACCUGACUGAAUGGGCACAAAUGCCAACAGAAACACUUGUAAAUCUUGUAGAAAAUUUUCCCAGAAGAAUGGAUGAUAUUAAAGCUACAAAGAAAAGGCUGCAAUUCAGUAUAAAUGCUCAUGGCUUUGGAAUGGGAUGUCCAACAUGCUUAUGGUCAGGUGUCCCAAUACUUUAUAUACUUUUUGUACUCUAGGCCAAAAAUAGCCAAAAUUCAAGUCAAUCUGGAACAUGUGCUGUAUUCAAUAUAGACACUGAUUUUUCAAACCUUACUGGAUACAAAUUGUUCAUUGUUAAUAAUAAGAACACAACUUAUUGACUAUAUAAUCAAUCUAUUAAUAAUCAGCUCCAAGAUCUAUUACAGUGUACAAUUUAUUCUUCAUCAAAAUCACAAGAAGAAAAAUAUAAAAAUCACAGACACCUUAAAAAGUAAAAAACCAACAGACCAAGUAUUGACCAAAAUAAAUAUAAUAAUAAAAUGUGUAAAAACAAAUAAUCUAAGUUUUAGU